UAUAAUAGGAAACAGCACCUUCUUUGCUUGUUCUCCAAUUCAAAAAUCAACCUAGAAGAUCCGGGAGAUUCUGGAGGAAAUCUGUCGGAUCUUGCUUUCCAAACUGUCAGAUUUUCCUAAGGAUUUCCAUCUCUUUCUUACCACCUCAUGGGUUCCCAUUUAAAAGUCACACACCCUUUGUUCUUUUCUUACAUUUCCUUCUUGUCUUCUUUCUUAUUCUUCUAUUUCCUGUUGGGCUUCCCCUUUCGGUAUAUCUGAAGCACAAUCAUGGGUAUGGCUGCAGAGGCACAGUUCCAUGUUCUGGCUGUUGAUGAUAGCCAUCUUGACAGGAAGCUGAUCGAGAUGCUCCUCAAAACUUCUUCCUAUCAUGUUACUGCAGUGGAUUCUGGUACCAAGGCUUUAGAGUUUCUGGGUGUUCAUGAAGAUGAACAGAACCAAGCAAACACACCCUCUGUUUUCCCAAAUGAUCAUCAUCAGGAUGUAGAUGUAAAUUUGAUCAUUACAGAUUACUGUAUGCCGGGAAUGACAGGCUAUGAUCUCCUUAGAAAGAUCAAGGAAUCUAAAUCUCUUAAAGAUAUACCAGUUGUGAUCAUGUCCUCAGAUAAUAUCCCAUCAAGGAUUAACAGAUGCUUGGAAGAAGGAGCAGAAGAGUUCUUUCUGAAACCAGUUCAAUUAUCUGAUGUGAGUAAGCUUAGACCACAUUUGUUGAAGGGCAUAGCCAAGGAAUCACAGCCAAACAUUGACAAUAUAAAGGCCAUGGAAGAAAGCCACUCACCUGACAGAACAAGAACAAACUAUAAUGGAUUGGAAGUGGCCUAAAGAGCAAUUUUAUGAUUUAUAGAGUAGUACUAGUAGGCAACUUGAAGAGCAUACUCAAUCUUUACUUUUCCUCUUUUUAUUGUUUUUCUAUUUUUAUUAUUUUCACUCUUUCUAAAGGGGCUCAACAGAAGUAUUGAUUGAUCAAGAGAGGAGAAAGAGCUACAUUUUUCAUAUUUAGGAUUCAUUUUUCUUUUUUCUGGUACCACAUAUUUAGGAUUUGGGGCUUAGGGGGGGUUCAAUUGUAAAUUAGUCCAAAAAUAUUAGCUCAAUUUUGACUGGUUUAAAGAAUAUUAUACAUUUUCUCUUUAUUCCAUUUUUACAAAAUGUAGUGAAACUUCAUGUUGUUGAAGAUGGGUCAGAGCUUGAAAAUUGCAUUCUGAAAGUUGCCAGGUUCAAUUUCUUGAGCCUGCGAGUCAUGUCUUCAAAAUUAUUAAAUGACCAUGAGAGAGGAUGAAAUGACACACAUGGGAUAUGAAUUUGUUGCUAUUCUGAGAUU